AUGUCACAGUUAUUUGAAUGGGCAUUUGGGAAGAAGCUUACCCCACAAGAAAGACUUCGAAAGAAUCAACGAGCAUUAGAAAAGACUCAACGAGAAUUAUCAAGAGAAGUUACCAAAUUACAACAACAAGAAAAGAAAUUGAUAUCCGAGAUUAAGAAAUCAGCAAAACUGGGACAAAUAUCAAGUGCAAAGAUUCAAGCUAAGGAUUUAAUUAGGACAAAAUCAUAUAUAUCAAAAUUCAAUUCUAUGAAGGCUCAAUUACAAGCUAUUUCAUUAAGAAUUCAAAGUGUUAGAUCUAAUCAACAAAUGGCAAUGUCAAUGAGGGAUGCCACGAGGUUAUUGGGUGGUAUGAAUAGAUCAAUGAAUUUGCCACAAUUAUCUAGAAUUGCCCAAGAAUUUGCUAAGGAGAAUGAUUUAAUGGAUCAAAAACAAGAAUUUAUGGAUGAUGCUAUUGAUGAUGCCAUGGCGAUGGAUGAAGAUGAAUUAGGUGAAGAAGAACAAAUAGAUGAGAUUUUGAGUAAGGUGUUGGAUGAAAUUGGAGUUGACUUGAAUACUACUUUGAAAGACACUCCAAGUACUAUAAAUGUUGGAGCUGAAACAGAGGCAAAUGGAAAAGUUGCCGAAGCUAUUGGUGCCGGAGUUGGCGGUGGUGGUCAUGCGGAUGAAGAUGAUUUACAAGCACGUUUGGAUAGUUUAAAGAAAUCCUAG